AUGUUCUCGACUCCACGCUCGAGUCGCGGGCUUGUUGUCGCUUUCCUGCAAUUUUGCGAUGGUGGUUUCGAGGAGUGCUCGAUCCUACGGCCUUGUGCGGUUAUCUAUGCUCUUGGACAGGGUGUCAAGCUCUGCAGCCCAUCCUUGUACUUGGUCUCCAAUGCUAGCAGGAUAGAAACAUACUACAAUCCCAGGAGAUUGAGAGAUCAUCCCCUCUCCCAGGAAAAACGGGCAAGUCUGUGGCAGUGGGCGUUCAAGACGUCCGAGCAAGUGUACUUCCACGACGAAGACUUUGUCGUUCGUCAAGCUAGGUCAAAGCUCUUUGAACCUACGCGUGGACGUUCUCUGAAGUUCUCGCCAAGCACCAUGUUGCUGCGACCUAUCCAAGACGGGCACAGGAGAGCUAACUCUCAAGCAACACCCCGCAAACUUGAGAGAGGGAAGGCAGGAAGCUUCCAAUUCCAGGACCUCACAUGUUCUCGACAUCCCUCUUCACCAGUGGCCAUUCGAAGUAUUUCUGUUCAAUGA